AUGCAUUCGAGAAGGUUUGAAGUUGAGAAGGGUUUCACAGUCCCCCAAUUUCACUAUUUGAAGCUCCGAAAUCGUUGGCGAAGUAAGGUGGCUUCUACUUUUGGAACUAAGAAGCGUAAAGGGCCUAAGCUCCGUGAGAAGACAUUCCUUCCAGACUCUGACUCUGAUGAUGAUGUAUUUGACUUUAGCUUCUUGGAUUUUUCUGAAGAAACUUUCAAAGCCCCCUCAAAACUAGGUGAUGAUCAUUUUCUUAACUUAUUGUGUGACGAAAACAUAUUAAGGAGGAGUAUUUAUGGAAUGGUAGAUGAUGGAGACAUUUCUGGUGUCCAACAAAAUGACCAUUCCCACUUUGAUGAGGACGAUGAAGAUGUUGGUGUGGACUAUAGGGUGCAUGAUCCCAAUGUUGACUGGAAAAAGAUGAGUCCCCGAUUAGGAGACUGUUAUGAAUCCCCUGCUCAACUCAGGAAUUAUCAUUUUGGUUCCCUAGUUACUAGCAAUUGGUUAGCCAAACACUACAUGAAAGAUGUAAUCAUGAAGCCCAAGAUGACAUUGCUAGAGAUGCAAGCAGAUGUGCUACAAAGGUUUUCAGUGAGUGUAUAUGUUGGGCAAUGUCACAGAGCAAGGGCUACUAUAAUGGGCAUGAUAGAAGGGAAGUUAGAAGACCACUAUGCCAAGGUUUAG